AAAUAAAUUUAUGAAAAGUGCAGCAGCAAAACCAGAGAAGUCACGAAGAAAAAUUAAUCCAGCCAACUUAUCUGCUCUUCGUCCAAUGUCCAAAGAGUUAAAAGAAAAAGCUAAACUGAAGCAUAAAUAAAUAAUUAAAAUCAUUAUUUCCGCGUGUGUUCCGGUGCCAAAAUCAACGCAAGUGCCAAAAAAGUGAAAUUAAUAUCGAUGAGAAAUGUGACUAACAAAAUCAAAGAAUAUCAGUGCAUAAACCCCAUAUAAAUAGGAGGAGAGAGCGAAACAGCAGAGCAGAAACACCCAAAGACAACGAUUAAGCGCAUAACGGUAAAACCUCCCUCCCACCCCAUUAAGCGAGUGCAACCAGAUUCGAUAGACGAUACCCGCCCGAUAUCCGAUAGCCACAACAUGAGCAUCAUCGAUAACGGAAAGUAUCGCCUGCGCAAAGACUGGGCCAGCGCCUCGAUACCAUCGCUGGUGAACAUCGACGAGCACGAAGGCGAUGCCGCCGAUGAGAGCAGCCUCAACAUCACAGCCCCACUGCCACCCCAGAAGCCACCGCGACGCAGCUCCCUGGCCCUGGGCCUCUUCUCGGGCCUCAAGUCGGACAAAAGCCAAAAGAGACGCAGCUCCAUAGCGGUCUCCUUUCUACGUCGCGACAGCAGCAAGAACUCCACCAAAGACUCGUAUGAAUCGGCUGUGCGCAGCGAGAAGAGCGACGGCAGUGGCACGCCCACCAACAGUCCCGAGAUCCCGAUCUACAGCUCGGAGGAGAACAUACGCGCCAGCUCCCCGAACGAGCCCGGCAAACAGACAUACUUCGAGGAUGGCAGCCAGACGCCCCGUCCGGUGCUGCAGGGCCUGAACUCCUCCUAUGAGGCGGCGCCGCAGCGCCGUCGGCGCAGCUCCCUGCAGACGAAGCUCGACCGCCAUCGGCGCAAGAAGAUGGAGUACAUCAAUCAGCGGAGCCUCGACUCCACGGCGGGCAUGACCUACAGCGAGUCCCACAGCGACCUCACGAACGACGUCAGUGCUGGCCGGCAGGCCGAUGACGAGGACGAGAACGAGAACGAGGACGAUGACAUCAUCGAUCCCCGCGAGCACGGGGAGUACUUUCCGCGCGAGAAGCGCCACUCCUGGUGGAAUAUAUUUGUGCCAGAUAAUUUCAAAAACAGGUCACGUAGGGCUAGUCAAGAUGUUUCCAGUUUGUCACGCAGUGUUGACAAUUUGGCGAUACCCGUUCGCAGGAGCAAAUCGCGCAGCGUGGACCAUGGCCUGGCGGCUCCGUUUGACUUGGACUCGCUGCGCUCGAAGGUGGAGCAGCGUUUCGAGAGUGUGGACAAGCUGUCAAGGCAAAAGUCUUCAUUGCCCACCAUACCCACCAUUUCCUAUACCGUGGGCAAUCGCGACACAUUGACCUCGGUGGCGGCCCGCUUUGAUACGACCCCAUCGGAGCUGACGCACCUGAAUCGGCUGAACAGCUCCUUCAUCUAUCCGGGACAGCAGCUGCUGGUGCCCGACAAGAGUGCCAAAGAUGAUGCCUCCAGCAGUUCCACCAACGAGGGCGCCGACGGCGGCAGCGUCUCGGGCAAGUCCAGUCCCAUUGAGCGCAAGCUGUCUGGCGACGAGACCCGGGAAAGAGACAUACUGGAGGGCCUGCGCCCCGGAUCCCCCAAGCCGGGACACAUCGAGCGCGUGGCCGGCAACAGUCAGGCCGAGGAGGAGGCCAACAAGAGCGAUGAUCCGGUCAUUACGCAACGCUUCCUCAAGAUCAACGUCCGUCACAUCACCGACGGCCAGGGCGUUGUGGGCGGCGUCCUUCUGGUCACCCCCAAUGCCGUCAUGUUCGAUCCGAACGUCAGCGAUCCGCUGGUGAUCGAACACCAGGCGGAGAGCUACGGUGUGAUUGCACCCAUGGAUCUGGUGGUGAAUGCGGCCAUUUUCCAUGACAUUGCGCACAUGCGCGUGGUGGGAGGUGCCGGUCCCAGUGUUGCUGCCGGCAGCUGCGAGGCGGAGAAGCCAGAGAUCUAUUAUCCCAAACCAGUAUUAGUCGAGGAGGACUCCAAGGAGUUGUCCGAGCAGCAGCCGCUGAUGGGCGACGAUGCCGAUGCCAGUAAAGAGCGUUUGGAGGCUGAAAUUGGUUCAUUGGAGAUCACCGAUGACCAGGAAUCACUCUGCUCCAGCACUGGACGCGAUGGUGACGCCUUCCCCAAGGCCUUUGAACGUGAACGUAUUGAGGACUCAUCGUUGGAAGCCAAAGAUAGCGCUAAGACUGACGCUGAGGAUGAGGAUAAGAAAACUGGCCUGGGCCUGACAGACACUCGCACCACCCUGGAGGAGAGACGCAAGAGUCUGUUGGACCAUCACUGGGCUAUUCCGAGCAAAGACCGCUAUUGUUUGUCUAAUUCCCGAAGAUCAUCGGAAGACGAGGCCGACAACGAGUCCAACAUCACUGUGGAUAGCGGCGCCCGCAGCCAGGAUCCCCUCUCGGCCGCCAGCUCCGUGAGCGGCGUGCCACACAGCAGCAUAAACCUUGGGGGAGCUGGAGCAGCUCCUGGAGCCGCAGCUAUGGCUGGAUCUGGGGGACAGUUGCCCGGCACUGGCAUGAUGCCACCGCCAUCGGGCAUUGAUCUGGAGCACCUGGAGCAGCUGUCGAAGCAGUCGUGCUACGACUCGGGCAUCGACAUCAGGGAGCCCGUGCCCAGCGUACAGCCGAUACCAAAGAAAACCGUUUACAGCGACGCUGACAUUGUCCUCAGCUCGGACUGGGUACCACCGAAAAACAUUGUGCCGACGCACUUUGGCGAGUCGCCGCCGCGCAGCACCAUUCUGGGACAGAGCCUGGACGCUGGUGCCGGUGCUGGCGGGGCGCGCAAGAAGACCUCCAGCGUGAGCUUCAGUGUGGACGAUGAGGCCGCACAGCAGGCCCAGGUGCAGGCACAGGUGGCGGCCACUUUGGCCAGCGACAAGCAGUCGGAGAAGAAGAACAAGAUGCUGAAGCGCCUCUCGUAUCCCCUGACCUGGGUGGAGGGCCUCACCGGCGAAGGCGGAGCUGUGCCAGCCCCUGGCAGCGGCACCGGCAGCCUCAACAAGUCGGCGGACACUGAUUCGGCGCCCAACACGGGCGACUCCAAUCAGAGUGUCUUUUCGAAAGUAUUCUCAAGCUCGCCCAUUACUCUGGUCUCAGAGCUGGGCGGGAAUCUGUUUUCGAAAACACCGUCCGAAGACUCUGGUGGCUCGCCAGUGCCGCCACUGACUCCGCAUUCGACACAUUCCGAGGGUCAUAUGACCUAUGGACGUUCCUCAAUUGGUACCUUUAUACGUCCGCAUUCGUCGGAGGGAACCUCGUCCAGCACCAAACUGAAGGAAGCCAAGCAGGCGCCCAAGCUGGACUAUCGUUCCAUGGUCUCGAUGGAUGACAAGCCCGAACUAUUUAUCAGUGUGGACAAGCUCAUCCCACGUCCGGCAAGAGCCUGUCUUGACCCACCUUUGUAUUUGCGCCUGCGCAUGGGCAAGCCCAUUGGCAAGGCCAUACCGCUGCCAACCUCUGUCAUGUCCUACGGCAAGAACAAGUUGCGCGCCGAGUAUUGGUUCAGCGUGCCCAAAAAUCGCGUUGAUGAGCUCUAUCGCUUCAUAAACACCUGGGUGAAACACCUGUACGGUGAGCUGGACGAAGAGCAAAUCAAGGCGCGUGGCUUUGAGCUGAUCCAGGAGGACACCGAGUGGACAAAGAGCGGCACCACCAAGGCUGGCCUCGGCGGCGGCAGCCAGGAUGGCGAGGAGAUCAGCGAUCUCACCCGAGAGUCUUGGGAGCUUAUAAAGGCGCCGUUCGCCAAGACCUACAAGAUCAUUAAAACGGCUUCCCAUGCCGCAUCGCAUGACUUGGAAAUGUUGGGCGGCGAGGUGCUGUCCAUGAGCACAGAUGAAUAUCGCAAGACCUCACUGUUUGCGACUGGUUCCUUCGACCUGGACUUCCCCAUUCCCGAUCUGAUUGGCAAGACAGAGAUCCUCACAGAGGAGCAUCGCGAGAAGCUCUGCUCUCAUCUGCCAGCUCGUGCGGAGGGAUACUCCUGGUCUUUGAUCUUCAGCACAUCGCAACAUGGUUUCGCCCUGAACUCCCUGUACCGCAAGAUGGCGCGCCUGGAGAGUCCAGUUUUAAUUGUCAUCGAGGACACAGAUAAUAAUGUAUUUGGUGCCCUGACCUCCUGCUCGCUGCAUGUGUCGGAUCAUUUCUAUGGCACCGGCGAGUCCCUGCUCUACAAGUUCAAUCCCAGCUUCAAGGUAUUCCAUUGGACUGGCGAGAACAUGUACUUCAUCAAGGGCAACAUGGAGAGCCUGUCAAUUGGCGCCGGAGACGGUCGCUUUGGCCUGUGGCUUGAUGGAGAUCUCAAUCAGGGACGAUCACAGAGUUGCAGCACAUACGGCAAUGAGCCUUUGGCGCCACAAGAAGACUUUGUUAUCAAAACACUCGAAUGCUGGGCAUUUGUUUAAGUGAAUUUCUGUUGAGAGCAACAACCAACAAACACACAACACAUACACACAUACACACACACAUAACAGACAACACAUACACACAUAUUUAUGGCGCCAUCCGCCUACCUACCUAUUUAAUUAAUUAUAUGUACUAAAAAAAAAACGAUAAACGAUAAAAAAACAACAAACAACCUGAGAAUGAUGUCAAAAGCUAGUGUGCGUCUAAGCAAACCCUAAGGAAAGUCCACACAGCCUCCCCUAAAACACCCAAGAAAACAAAAAAACAAAAACCCCAAUCCAAAAACACUCUAGAAAUCGUCAUUCUGUGAGCUUGAGCGGAAAGCGUUUUUCGUUGAGGAGCUAGGUCUAUGCGUUUGAACGUAUUAAUUAUUUAGUUUUUAUAUUGUAUACCUAUUAUUAAACGAGAAGCAACUAAAUUAUGUGUUAGAUUUAAACAAGGCAUGAGAAAACCUAAAAACCCAAACCCCCUUGAAGGCAAAACAGCAAGCGACACGCAGCAGCAAAAUUAGACAAAUUAAAGCAACGUAAAAUGAAAUUAAAUGAAAAACAAUUGAAAAUCACAUCUACGCCCCCACAAUCAUUCAUAGACACUCCCCCCCACACACACACAAACACACAUACACACACACAGAUACAUUUAAGUUAAGUUCUAAUUAUGGAAAAAUGAGUAACAUUAAUAAUUGUGAGAGGAAACGCCACAGGCCACACGAUACCAGAAGGUCGUGUCGUGUUUCCUCGGAUUUAUUUCAUUUUGAAUUUAACUUUUUAAUUCGUUUCGAGAACAUUUUGUGCAAAAAGAGAAGAGUAGGAAGGAAGAGAACGAAAACGAGAGAAAUAAAAAAGAAUGUCGAUAUAAUUUUUAGUGCAAAAUGCUGAUUGCAAGUAAAAAAAAAAGAUAAUAGAAGAGGAGGAUAACUUUUAAAUGAUUUGGCUUUUAUAAUAAAUGUAGAGGAAGGAAGACAAGGAGCAGCAACUGAAUGCAGAGCGAAAGAGUUUUAUUUUUUAGUUUUAUCCGAUAUACUAUAUAUAUUUAAUUAUUUUUAUGUUUUAAUGCUAAUGAUGUUGACUUUAUGCAAUAUAUACUAAAAACAAACAAACAGAAACAACACCAGAAUGAAAUACACAAUAUUAUACAACAAAAAAACCAAAAAAAAACAUGGCCAAAACCGAGAAA